GGAACGAAGAAGCUCCGAGUUAUAGAACGACCUAUUUCUGCCUGCAAUUGAUUACGUUAUAGAUUAUUUUAUAUAUUUAUAUUUUGAAGUAACAUUCAAAUGUAGUGUCUUCAUUUUGAAUGUCGCACACUCAAUUUCCUAGUCGGUCUUCGGGCACAGCGCACACCGGGACACCCCUCCUCACAGUAACCUGACGGUCGUACAGUAAGCUGUCAAAAGCUUGUUGCUUAAAUCUGUGCAGCGCUACAAAGUAAGGAUGAAAUGAGGUCGGAUAGAUGGGCGAAAUAACAAGCUAUAGUUCUACGAACAGAGCGUGACUUAAACGGGUUUUUUGAGCGAGACAUUUCGCGACCACUUGACAUCUUGUUGUCCCCCCCCCCUCAGUUCAGUUGGACCGCUGUGUCGUCUGCCCUUGCUGCUGCUGGUGCGUGAUUCCUCAAGGUAGCGGUUCAUCCGUGAUGAUGAGAUCACAAACAGAAAGUGCCUUUUAGAAGAUAACCUGGCUUGAAGUUGGUCCGAGGACAUUGCCGGCUUUUGCUUUAUAUGAGGCCAGACUCAGGCUCCAGCACUGGAUACCUCAGCUGCAGUCCCUUUGCCACCAGUUUGCACAACAUCAGCAUUUUAACAAAUGCUAAAAUAGAGGCAUAAUAUAAGAGGACAGAGAAGAUUGACUAAAGUCAAGUCUGCAUUAAAAUUCCCUCGCUUUUUUGUGGGCACCAUCAUUUGAGGAAUAUUCAUGUGAAUGUUUCACAGAAAAAAAAACUCCAUCUGUGGUUGUAUCUUUUUUGAUGUGUGAUUUCUCAGUGACUGACCAGCCAUCUGAUCUUUUUGCUUCAGCUCAUGGAGGAAUCUCCAGGUUGUUUUAAAAAAGGACUUUAUACAUAGAGUCGACUCACAGCUUUUGGUUUAUGAGGCACGAGACAAUAAGAUUAACUUGAAAAAAGAAAAAUCACAUAUAUGAUUAUAACCUUUGGACAUGGCGUUGAACAUUUCUUCAGUAAGAGACACGAAAUGGCUAACUCUGGAAGUCUGUCGACAGUUUCAGCGAGGAAACUGUUCACGUAGUGAUGAGGAAUGCAAAUUUGCUCAUCCACCGAAGAGCUGCCAAGUUGAAAAUGGGAGAGUUAUUGCCUGCUUUGACUCACUGAAGGGCCGCUGCUCAAGAGAAAACUGCAAGUAUCUUCAUCCACCUUCACACUUAAAAACCCAGUUAGAGAUAAACGGACGCAACAAUCUCAUCCAGCAGAAGACAGCAGCAGCCGUGCUGGCCCAACAGAUGCAGCUCAUGAUCCCAGGACCCAGCCUGCAGCCUGUGGGUCUUGGCACGAAUACUGGUCUUUGUUAUGGUUCAUACAUGUCACCGAUGAGCCAUGGAGUGAGCCUCGUGCAGACAGAUAACCUCCCCAGCACCCCGGUUCUUGUUCCAGGGAGCCCACCUAUCACAGUCCAGAGCUCCUCCUCUUCUUCAUCUUCCUCUUCCCCCUCACAGAAGCUGCAGCGUACAGACAAACUAGAGGUGUGCCGCGAGUUUCAGCGUGGAACCUGUGCAAGAGGGGAGACAGAUUGCCGUUUUGCUCAUCCGAGUGACAGUCCAAUGAUUGACACCACUGAUAACACUGUCACUGUGUGCAUGGACUACAUCAAGAGUCGCUGCUCCAGGGAGAAGUGCAAGUAUUUUCACCCGCCUGCACAUUUGCAGGCCAAAAUCAAAACCAGUCAACAGCAAGUCAGUCAGACAGCCGUGGCAGCCCAGGCCGCAGCAGUGACUCAGUCGACUGCCAAAGCAAUGAAGCGAUCCCUCGAGGCAACUGUAGACCUGGGCUUUCCCCACAGUGUCCUGCAACCCCUACCAAAGAGACCAGCACUUGAGAAGAGCAGCUGGGCCAGCUCUCUCCUCAGCCCCAGUUUUUUGCACUACCAACAGGCUCUGGCCAACACACAGCUGCAGCAGUCCACUGCUGCAUUUUAUCCUGCAGGUUCUAUCUUUUGCAUGACUCCCACAAGCAGCAUGGAUCAUCCUCAAGUAACCACCGGGAGCAGAAGUCAGUGCCGUGUUGCUGCUGUCAAAGACCCCAAACAACUGCUCUGUAAAUACUCUGUUAACACCACACACAACCUACAACAAGCUGCAUGUUGAUAACAUCACUGAUGAUGUUACUUUGAUCUCACAUAAGAAAUUACAUAGCUCAAUUACUGGGAUUAUACUGCGUUAGGCAGGUGUCACGGAAGAUUAUUGUGUGUUUGCGCCUUUGCACCUGCAUUAACAUGCAUCCUCAGUUAUGUGCAUAAUAUCCUGGUUUCUAUUUCCUGUAGCAGUUCUGACAAGGUGAGAGGUGUGUUUAGCCUCUUAAUGAGCUGAAAUGCAGUAUGUCUCCAGUUCACGUAAAGGGGCCUCAUGAAUAAAAAAUUAGCUGUUCUGAACAUAUUUAACCAGGAAACACAUGUGCAGUGCAGAUACCAUGUAACACCCUCAUACUAACUGAUACAGAAACACACAGAAAUGUUUUCAACUAUGUAAAUAUUACAAGAGAAAGACAAAACAGAUCUAAUCUGAACAUCAGUUUUCAGUGUGUGGACCAGACAUGUUAAUACCAGGUGUAAAGGGGUUCCUGUAUUGGAGAUUGUUAAAAAAAUGUUUUCCUUCAUGAAUGUUUAAUGUAAACUAAGAUUUUUUCACAUUAAUGAUUGUUUAUCUAGUGCCAGAUUUCAUUAUUUGAAACCAACUAGUUAAAAAGCACUUAUUUAUCUUAAAAUUCCACAUUGUAAAGUGUAUGGCCGUUUCUUUCAAGUGUGCUGAGGGCAGUCUAUCUACAUGGUUUACCCUGUCAUCCCCGGAGAACAGGAUCAAUGCUCCACCUCCUGGUGUGCCUUUGCAUUGCAUAUACAGUAUGUUUGCUGAGAGAAAAUACUGUAUAAUCCCUUUGCUGCACAGACUACUUUCUCUUUAAGGCAGUGAGGUUACAUCGGUUAAAGCAGUUAAAUGUUCCUCUCUUCAGUUAUGUCUGACUCGAUGGAGUAUUUGUCAGUGGUUUUCAUUUCUAGGGCCGGUUUCACAAUGGCUAAUGGCUAACCGAGUAAACAUAUUUAAUAGCAGGUACAGUUACAGUUACACUUCUAUUUUACCAGGAAAAUUCUGAAUGAGUGUGAUGAUACAAAAAAGUCCAGUAGUAUAAAAUUUCGUCUUAAAGCUCAUAUUUGUAAAAUGGUUGAUUUUCGAGUCUCAUUCCUAACUCAUUAAAUACUGAUGCUUACGAAUGGCGGACAAGCUGACCUACAAUCCCAAAGUGUCACUAUUGGACGAGUUCGAAAUGAGAUUCAGAAAUCAACUUAAUCUUAAAAAUAGGAGCUUUAAUGAGACAGAGCUCAGCUCACUUCUGCUGGCAUGUCAAUCAAGCAAACGGCUAAUGAAUUCCUCACCGCAGUAGCAGAGACAUCUUUCCUCUUUUUUGUCAUUUGGUGCCACUGUUAACGAUUGGUGAAUGAUUUCUGCCAUAAAAGCAUCUGGUUCUGAGGCCUUGGCCACACACGUAUGAAGAUAUUUUUCUUGACAGAUAUUUAUAUAGUUCUUACUUAGAAAUGAAACAAAACAAAAAAAGCACACCAGGCCAGUCAGUAGCAAUAGAGUCUACAUCAGACACUAAAAGAACAUUUUGAGCAUGCAUCAUGAGCUUAUUCUAUUUAAAUAAAAUCAUCCAUAUCCGUAGAUAAUAAACAAGUUAAAUUUUAAGAAAACAUACCUUAGUGCUAUUAGUGCUAACCAAAUAUAAACAAAAUGGUAGUCUGAACAAGAGGCAAAAGUGUUUGUUUUGAAAAGUAUCUGCAUAUGUGAUAUGUGUGGACAAAGCUUGACUAAUCCUGAAGGAGUUGAGUUUCUAACUGUUUUUGGCUUAAGAAAUCGAUUUGAUUUUUUUUUUAUUUUUUUUUCUGGAACAAUCUAACUUUGAUUAGGCUAAUCCAAGAUCAAAAUCAAGACUGGCCUAACACUCCAGACCAGACUGAAAUAUCUGUAUCAAACAGGUUCUGGAACUUUGAAGAUACUGUAAACCGUGUCUCUAAGAGGAACCUCUACAGGAAUGGAAGAUAACUCAGUAAAAUAGUAUGGAGGUACCAGCUACUGCUCACAAUCAAACUAAAGUUCCUGUAAUCCUCAAAGGGUGGAGCUGAGCAGUAUGUAAACUGUUAGUCUUAAUGUUGCAGUCAGUUGUCAGUACUGUAUUAUUUGAAUGUCAUAAGUGCCUAAAGAAUUGUGCAGAUGAGAAUAUCCGUGCAUAUUUAAAAGGCUUUGUGUGAAAAAUCAUUUACUUAAUUAAGUCACAUUAGAAAGUCGUCUUUUUGCAAUGCAUUAGUAAUUUGCGUACACCUGUUUAGAUUUCUUUCAGUUAAUUUCCACUGAUGCUCAGACCUUUAUAUAAGUGUACAAUGUAUAACGGUUUAUUUUGCUCCUCUCUUAAGAUGAUCACAUAGUGUACAACGAUGUUUUAUUAUUAGAUUUAUGCACAGUGAAAUACUUUAUGUAGGAAAGUAGAAUUUAACUAGGUAUGCUUGUUAGUGAGGCGUUGUGUGUGGUUGAUGCUGAUCAUAGGGUUUGAAACGGACAGACUGGGUGUUCUAUCUGGAUGAGUAAAAAAACUAAACUGAUUUUUAAACACUUUCCACUCAUAUGAAAUGUUCAUCUGCGUUCAUCUGUGUUCUCUGUUUAGCAAAUAUCAACAUUCCGUUUCAUGAAAAUGUGUGUAUAUGUUCGCUUGUGAGCGGUUAACAGACAAUCCACCAAGAGAUGUUGCAUUUGUUCACAAUAGGUUCUCCAUGUAAUUUCAUUUUGUGAGGUUUUACACACUUGGAUGGAAUAUAAGGAGUAUACUUGGGUAUUUUACUAGCUUAACAUUAGAGAAGAACACUUUUAAGAUGUAUUUUCUCUUCUACCUUAUGAUGAAUGUAAUUUAUUAAACUGACUUUAGCUCUGCUGGAGGUUCCUCAAAGGGCCUCGUUCUGUCGUUUUAGCCUCUGAAAAGCCGUCUUGUGUCCGGGGAUUGAAUGUUGGAGCUUAAAACAUUUCAUCCUUGUCACUGCCUUGUCACCUGUAAGGGACAAAGAACCUAAGCAAGGCCAUAUAAUUGAUUUUUAUGCACAAAAGUGCAUUGUACAGGCCACGUUUGAUGAAAAUUUUCAUAAUAGUGUAAUUAUAGUUUGUGUUUGAAUUGUUUUGAUGUGUUGCUGAGGCAAUCUGAAGUUGCAGUGAUAAAAAAAAAAAAGUGUAUUUUUGUAGGUGAUGAAAUUUUGUGUUUCCUCCUCACAAUAACACAUUAGAUUGUACUGUCAGAUAUUUGACUUUAUUAUGCCAUGGUGUGAAACACUGUUAGUGAACCAGUGCAUACAAAUAUUCUUUAAAAAUAUAAAGUUUGUGUUUUUUAUUGCAUGGCAACAUCUUGCAGCAAAAAAAUACAAUCCACUGUCAGAGCCUGUUGAGCGCGGAACACUGCAGACACGAGUCUGGAGGUCUGGAGUUGAUGGUUCGGUGGCGUUUUUAAACCUUCAUUUUCUUUUUCAAAGAUAUGAUUGUUUUUAAAUUGUAGGUUUUUGUUAGAUAUAUAUGUAUUUUUCCCUUAUUUAUUUUACCUUCAAAUAAAAAGGCAUUUAACCGAAUGUUUGUUUCACCUUUUGACAAAAAGCUUGAAUGUCACGGUCACACCUGCACGUUGAGGCUGGCUGAGAUUCCGAUCACCCGGUCAUAGAGAUGUGGACGGGAAGAAUGUUUGACUGACUGAUGGAAGCAUUUCUCUGAAGCACUUUCUCAACAGUCGGAUGACUGAGAAUUUGUGUUGCUUUUUGUGAACUUUGCCUUAUCUUUGAUCUAUGUGUUCAGUCAUUAUUAACUCCACAUUGUCUCAUGAAUAAAACACAUUUCACUUUUUAUUGAUACAUGAGUUUUAUUACAAAAGAAACCCAAACACUAUCCUGACUGACAAAAGGCUUGAUACUGAUAGGACUGACUAGCUUGCUUGUUAAAUUAGAUCACACCUCAAACUAUGCCAGUGCUAUUUUGUUCCAUCCUGGCCUGAAUAAAAAAUUCCCUUUGUAAUUUUUUCUUAAAACUUAUUUGUGAAAAUUAUUUUAUUUGUGCACAAUUAAACACUUCAUGUUGAUAGUUUUGUUCCUGUAAAUUCAAAACUGUGUGAAAUCUAAUAUUGCAAAUAAAUAAAUGUCAUGUAAAUGCCA